UGUGUCCCCCCCCAGCACAGUCAAUUAGCAGCAGUGAGCGUGCAGCUGCGAGCAACCAGCACCGGACCGAGCUAGCAAACCCACACCCGAGCGCCCACCGCCCACCACAGAGCCAGGCAGACCACCACCAGCCCGAGCAGACGAAAAAAAGAUCUUGAUCUUCGCCCGUCCUCGACAACCACGCAACCCACCCGCCCACCAACCCCCAACCGCCAGCGAAGGAUCUCUCUCGACGACACCUGCCUGUCAAUCUCGUCGAUUCGAUUCAGCAAAUCUCGCCCAGCAUGUCUGACAACGGAGAGAUCGAGGUCGAGGCCGCCUCCAGCUACCAGGUCCUGCCCAAGGACGUCGUCCAGGAGAUUGGCAGCAUCAAGCUGUUCAACAAGUGGUCCUACGAGGAUGUCGAGAUCCGCGACAUCUCCCUGACCGACUACAUCCAGAUCCGCAACCCCGUCUACCUGCCUCACUCCGCCGGCCGAUAUGCCGUCAAGAGGUUCCGCAAGGCCAACUGCCCCAUCAUCGAGCGUCUGACCAACUCCCUGAUGGCCCACGGCCGCAACAACGGCAAGAAGCUGAUGGCCGUCCGCAUCAUUGCCCACGCCUUCGAGAUCAUCCACCUCAUGACCGACCAGAACCCCAUCCAGGUCGCCGUCGACGCCAUCGUCAACUGCGGUCCCCGUGAGGACUCCACCCGUAUCGGUUCCGCCGGUACCGUCCGUCGCCAGGCCGUCGAUGUCUCCCCUCUCCGCCGCGUCAACCAGGCCAUCUCCCUGCUGACCACCGGCGCCCGCGAGGCCUCCUUCCGCAACGUCAAGUCCAUCGCCGAGUGCCUUGCCGAGGAGCUGAUCAACGCCGCCAAGGGCUCCUCCAACUCGUACGCCAUCAAGAAGAAGGACGAGCUCGAGCGUGUCGCCAAGUCCAACCGGUAAAUUAUCCCAAGAACAAACACAAGAAACCGGAGGCAAUGUGGUGGGGGGAAAAAACCCACCACACACACAACGGGACACACAUUCAAAACACGCAACACGCACCACCCCCGAAACACAACAGAGAAAGGAAUCUCCCCCCCGACCGAGGCUUUUUCUAUACCCCGGUUCCCCCUGCGGUGGAGUUUUGGGUUCGUUCAUCGUCAGGUUGGCUCAUUGGUCUCGGCUGGCCUCUUAUCUCUUUUCUUUUUGUUUGUUUGUGUGGCUUGUGUGUUGCGUGUGGACGGACGGACGGCACUUGGACGAACGGGCUCUCUGGGGGGACACAGUGACGGGAUCGUUGCAUAGUGCAGUUGCAGAUUAAAAGUGCAAGGCAAAAUGCUAGCUGCUUGUUGAUAAAAAAGACAGGCUUCUUGGUUCCCCCUGUAGUUUUUCCCUCCCCUCGUGGUUCAUGGUCGACAACGGACACGGGAACAACACGCAAGAGACAAUGGAAAUUUUUCUACUAGGUUGGGUUUCCUUGCCUUUUUCAGACGCGAGGUGACGAACAGACUGGGCGUUUUCCGGGUGUGAUGAUGAUAUGAUUUAGAUAUGCAACCGCAUGCUGGCACAAGAGCUAUCGGGUUCCGCGUGUUCGUUUUGCUGCUGGCCGCACCGCUGUGGUUCAGAGUCUUCCCGCGGCAGGUGGCUCGCCCGCUGUCUUGUGCAACUGUACCAACAAGAAGAAAAGACACCCACGUCAACGUCCAGGAUUAAGUCCUGCUCUCCGCGAGCCAGCCAGCCAUCAAACCAUGCCGCCCCUUUUGCCCUCUCAGAAACAAGUACCCACCUACCCGGCUCAGGUACUCUGAGCCCCCCCCCUACCCAGGUCCACCACUCGUCAACAGCAGGCACCCCGAAUUAAUCAACUUCCUCCUGUAUGAUAACGCCACUGUGAAGUAGCCCACCUAACCUGCCCGUGCCAACGACUAAAUCGGCAUCACCGAGAAAGUCACCCCCG